AUGCAUCAGCAUUGGAAGACACUCCUCACGCUGUCAACUCUCACAUCAAGCAGUGUGGGAAAGGAUCUUCCAUUCGAUGCCCAUAUCCUCCUUCAACAGCCUGGCCUGCCUUCUGUGUUUAGCAAGAAUGGUACAGGCUCGGGGCUCAACACCCCGUCCACUCGCACACACAGGUCCAUUGAUCUGAGUGAGAUUGUCCCUGCCCGAGAUUCUGCUGGCAAUCAUCGCUGCUGUCCCAUUGGAACUGUCAACGACGGCACCGGCUGCGUGUUCCCUCAAUCUUCAGUGUGCCCUGAGGGUACCUACCUUGAUGGCAACAACUGCAUCAGUAUGAAACCACCGAGUUGUCCCGAAGGUCUUUUCUACAAUGGCCGAAACUGCAUUGGCCUUCCGCCUAGCUGCCCCACUGGAAGCUGGUUUAAUGGCGACGCCUGUGAGUCUGAGGCAGGGCCUGGGUGUAGUCAAGGCUUCAGGUAUGACGGCGGUGUUUGCAUUUCCCUCACUGGGCCGGGAUGCCCUCCUGGAUUUACUCUCAAGAAUCGGCUUUGCACUUCUAGUGUCCCACCACAGUGUCCCUCCCCUCUCAUACUUCAGGACGGGAGCUGUGUUGGUUCCAAGCCCCCAUCUUGCCCUCCCAACACAAAGCUUUCCGAUGGCAACUGCAUCGGCAAAGUCCCUCCGUCUUGCCCUCCUGGGUACGUCAUGGAGAACAAUGUUUGUACUCACAAGACCAAGCCAGAGUGCCCUAUUGGCUCCUACUUUGAUAGCUCUGCUUGUGUAUCUGAGAAGCCCCCUUCUUGUGAGCCCGGCUUCUUCAACGGCAAGGUCUGUGAAGACAAACCGUCCUGCCCACCCGGCUUUAACUUGAGGGGAAGAGUGUGUUCUUCUGAAAGUAAGGCCACUUGCGAGGUUGGCACCUUUUUCUCUACAGAUGAUACCACUGGAAAGUCUGCUUGUUGCCACAAGAACUUCCAGUUCAAUGGAGACAGGUGUUACAUGAAAGCUGAGAAUGAGGGCGACUGCCCUCCAGGAUCCCACUUUGAUAAGGGGCGGUGCUGGAUUACUCCGUUGAAGGAGCCCGAAUGCCCUACCGGAGGAAGGUUCAACGGCAAGGUCUGCAUCGUUCAGUCUGUCCCUGAAUGCCGAUCUGGGACAUACAAUAAUGGGAAAUGUCUUAUCUCUGAGGAUCCCACUUGCCAGGGUGGUGCUGUCUUUGACGGCGAAAAAUGCGUUAUGGAAAAGCGCGCGACUUGUCCUCCAGGCUCAUCCCUCAGUGGCAAGAAAUGUAUCUCGAGCCAUGAUCCAACAUGCGAGGCAGGCCAGAUCCUGAUCGGAGAUUACUGUACUUCGGAGAAGCGCCCCGAAUGUCCCGAUCCCUCAAUACUUGUAGGUCGAUACUGCAAGUAUCCGGAUCUCCCUUACUGUGAGGAUGGCACCGACCGCAACGGCAACGACUGCACAUCCCCAGUGACACCAGAUUGCCCAACUGGAAGCUCUUUCAACGGCAAAAACUGUGUUUCGAACGUGCGUCCUGAUUGUAACCCUGGGUACUUCUUUAAUGGGUCCACUUGUGUUUCCAAAAAAGAUGGUCCGGGUUGUGCAAAGGGCAUGUACUUUGACGGCACCAACUGUGUAUCCAAGGAGCGUCCUGGAUGCAAGGAUGGUAGUACUUUCAACGGAAUUGCUUGCGUUGACGAAGCCGACCCCAAAUGCCGCAAAGGUCUCGUCUUCGAUGGCACCAGCUGCGUGUCCAAGUCCCCUCCUAACUGUGUGUCAGGCACAACCUGGAAUGGAAGCAAGUGUACUUCAAACAAGAGUCCAGGAUGUACCCCAGGAAUGACAUAUAAUUCCGAGACUGAGACCUGCGACUCCGAUACCAAACCGAAAUGCCCUACGGGUACUGAACUUAGAGGCGAUAUCUGUGUAUCGAUUAAGCCGCCUGCGUGCCCUGAAGGAACGACUCGCAAGGGCGGCAAGUGCGUGUCUACUGACCCGCCCGAGUGCCCUGACGGUCUUACUCCCAGCAAUGGGCUUUGUGUCUCUACCAAGCAGCCCAGUUGUGGUGAAGGUACCAUCUUUGACGGCAAGCGCUGCGUUAUUGGUAAAACCCAGGAAUGUUAUACCUUGCAUACCUGUCCACCUGUUGGUGCUGCUGGACUGACUGCCCAGCCUGCUCUAGCUUCUCAGUAG